AUGGCACUUCGUGAUGACUUUGAGGGACUCCGUGGCUCUAUUUUGCAUCGUUCUCCACUUCCUUCGGUUGAUUCAGUAGUUAGUGAACUAUUGGCAGAUGAAAUUCGUCUUAAGUCUCAAGCAGGAAAAGGCAUCCUCCCAGCACCCAGUCCCUCUGUUUUGGUAGUUCCUCCUCGACACUUUACUCACCAUGAGAAUAAACCUCACACAAAGGUUGGAGUUGAUGAAUGCAGCUUUUGCAAACAAAAAGGUCACUGGAAGGCUCAGUGUCCUAAAUUAGUAAAUCGUGCACCCCAGCAACAAAGACAUCAACUCAGACCUCCUCAAUUCGGUAAUCAACCGCCUCAUUAUGGUAGCCAACCACAGUUUGGCAACCACUCACAACCUCGACCAUACCGUCCUCCGCAAUUUAAUGCCGCUGCUACUGUACCUCCAUCUGACUCGUAUGAUUUUGGGGCCUCAUCUUCCAAUCCUGCUCUUGCUGCCCUCUCAGAACAGUUUCAGAAGUUUCUUACCAUGCAGCCACAUGCCAUGUCUGCCUCUUCUUCGGUAGGUCAGCCCCCUACUAGCUCUUCAGGAUCCGCAGUCUCAGAAGCUGAUUGGGACCGGCCGUAGGCGGGGGGGUUUAUAUGUUUUGGAUGAG